UCCGCCAUCGCCUCCAUCUCAAGCUCCACGGCGCUUCGCUCUGCCCUCUUCGGUCCCGCCGUUUUUCCGUCUCUGUGGUGAGACUUCGUGGGCCCCGGCGCCAUGUCCCGCUAUACGCGGCCUCCCAACACCUCGCUCUUCGUCAGGAACGUGGCGGACGCCACUAGGCCUGAGGAUUUGCGCCGUGAAUUUGGUCGGUAUGGCCCUGUAGUUGACGUAUACAUUCCGCUUGACUUCUACACAAGACGCCCAAGAGGAUUUGCUUAUAUACAAUAUCCUUUAUGUCACUGUAUUUUUAAUUGAGGUGCAUUGUUGUUAUUGCGUCCUAACUUAAUGUAUUUAUUUCUUUGUCUCAGAAAAUGUAAAGCAGUCCACAGUGGCUGGCAAGCACCCCAAAGUUUGAAUGAACCUGGUUAGAUAGAGUCCAAGCAGGCAAGCCAAAAGACACCUUAAAGUUCAAGCUCCAAGGAAUAAAGAGGGAGGGUGGAAAAAGAUAAAAAGAAAACUGGAAGAGGGCAAGUCCUUUUUCAAGGAAAAGACAAAGCCACAACACCAAGUUAAGGCUUCGGCUUUCCGACAUUUGCUCGAGUUCCAAAGUCAAAGCCAAGUCUGAUUUGGUUGGUUCUACGGCCCUUGUCAAGUCCAUCUAGCAAGCCCUAAAGAGUAAAGGUCAAGAUCAAGUGACAUGGAGCGUCCUUAACAGACAGUCAUGUUUGAAGAUGUUCGUGAUGCAGAAGAUGCUCUUUAUAACCUCAAUAGAAAGUGGGUAUGUGGCCGGCAAAUUGAAAUACAGUUUGCACAAGGUGAUCGCAAAACACCAGGUCAGAUGAAAUCGAAAGAGCGUCGCCAGUGUUCUCCAGUGGACUACAGAAGGUCAAGAAGCCACAGCCGAAGAAGGACACGUAGCAGAAGUUCUUCAUGGGGCUGGAGCAGGAGACACUCUGACAGUUUUAAAGAGUCAAGACGUGGACGACAUUCUUACAGCCAGUCUAAGUCCCGCUCAAAAUCUCUUCCAAGGCAUUCCAGUUCACCAAGACGGUCGGUCACACCCCAAAGAAAUUCUAGUUCUAGGGGAAGGUCACAAUCACCCCAGAGAAGUUCAAAAUACGUUGAAAAAUCGCCAUCUAGUUCCCAUCGAAGACGUUCCAGUUCAAGAACAAAGUCACGAUCGCAUCCAAAACGCUCAGGUUCGGCUACUAGAUCUCUGUCUAAAUCUCCACGGAAACAUACAAAUUCCAAUUCUCGCUCACACUCUAGGAGUUUUUAUCAAAGAAAUAGUAACCAGUCAGUAUCUGAAGAAGAUUAGUGCAUCUGUUUCUUUAGUACAGUUUUUACGAGCACAAAAUAAGAACAAAACUUGUCCAAAGCUUAUCUGAAAUGUAAAGUAAUUGAUUAAUAAGAGAUCUUGCUGUGUUGUCCUUUUGGUCGAUGCUUAAAUGUUCAGAAUUCUUUUAAGACUUCUGUUUUAUUUUAUUUUAAAAAAUAUAGUCUAGUCCAACUCCCCUUACUUAAAGCCCAAUAAUGCUUGAUCCUAAGAUCCCUGCAUCCAUGCAAGCUGGUACCUUUCUAUGCACUAAUAUAGCUUAGGCUGGUACUGCACCAAAUUGUUUUCUAUUGUCAUUAGCCCCUUGCUCCAAAUCCUUGGUGCUGCCACAGCCUAAUGCCAGUGCAUGGGCUAGAAGCUGUACAUGGGUCUUUGCCCAUGUUUAAGGGGGUAGGAGGAGCCAUCCAGCUAUGUCCUGCUUAUAUCUCAUAGAAUACUUUUGUAGUUGUUGCAGUACAAGCAAGGCUUGUGCUGAAAAUGUACACCUGGGAUAGGACUGAACUGCCC